CACUCUCUCUUCUCUUCACCAAAAAUCACCUACUCCUAAUUUCCUUCUUUGAUCUUCUAUUUCCCCCUAUUUUAAAAUGACUAAGCUUUUCUCGCAUGGUCAUAAUUUCAUUAUUUUCUUCAUUAUCAGUAGUUUAAUGUCCAUUAUAGGAAACUUAAGGCCUUGGAGUCCUUCUAUUACUUAUGAAAUUCUAUCCCUUAAUAUUUCAUCUAAACUUAGUACAAAUUCAGAUGCCAUUAAAGCAUCUUCCAAAGAUUUUGGAAAAAUUGUUCAAGAAAUAUUCCCAGCUGCGGUUCUUCAUCCUUCUUGUGUUAAUGACAUAAUUGACCUCAUUCAAUUUUCCUGUGGACUUUCUGUCCCUUUUCAUAUAGCAGCCAGAGGUCAUGGCCAUUCCAUUAGGGGACAAGCCAUGGCACAAAAUGGGGUUGUUGUGGAAAUGAAUUCUUUAACUAAUAAUAAUAGUAAUAAUUCAAAUAAUGGAAUUAGGGUUUCUAGGGAUUCUUCUUUAGGGUUUUAUGUGGAUGUUGGAGGUGAGCAGUUAUGGAUUGAUGUUCUUCAUGCCACCCUCGAGCAUGGCCUAGCACCUGUCUCGUGGACGGAUUAUUUGUACCUCACCGUUGGUGGUACUCUCUCUAAUGCCGGAAUUAGUGGCCAAACUUUCCGACAUGGUCCUCAAAUCAGUAAUAUUCAUGAAUUGGAUGUUAUUACAGGUAAAGGGGAAUUUGUGACUUGCUCCAAACACAUGAAUUCAGAGCUAUUUUUUGCAGUUUUAGGAGGUUUGGGACAGUUUGGAAUAAUAACCAGGGCAAGAAUUGUCUUGGAUAAAGCACCGACAAGAGUGAAAUGGAUGAGAAUGUUGUAUGAUGAUUUCUCAAAAUUCACAAAAGAUCAAGAACAUCUUAUUUCAAUUGAUGGAUUGGACUAUGUUGAAGGCUCACUAAUUAUGGAACAAAGCCCAGUAAAUAACUGGAGAUCUUCAUUUUUCUCACCUUCCAAUCAGACCAAAAUUGGUAGCUUAUUAUCCCAAAAUGGAAUUAUCUAUUGCAUAGAAAUGGUCAAGUACUAUGAUGAUCACACUGCUAAUACUAUUGAUGAGGAAUUGAAGAAGUUGGUAAAAGGGUUAAACUAUUUGCCUGGAUUUAUGUUCAAGAAAGAUGCCACUUAUGUGGAUUUUUUGAAUAGAGUAAGAAGUGGGGAACUAGAGCUGCAAUCAAAAGGAAUGUGGGAUGUUCCUCAUCCAUGGCUCAAUCUGUUUGUACCAAAGUCAUCUAUCAUGGAUUUCAAUGCUGCUGUUUUUGUGGACAUUAUACUCAGACAAAACAGGCCAACUGGACCAAUCCUUGUAUACCCAACAAGCAGGAAAAAAUGGGAUGAGAGAAUGUCAGCAGUGAUACCAGAGGAGGAGACAUUUUACUGUGUAGGGCUAUUGCAUUCUUCAAGUGGAUGUGAUGAAUGCAAGAUUUUGGAUGCUCAAAAUGAUGAAAUAUUGAACUUCUGUGACAAAGCUGGCCUCAACAUUAAGCAGUAUCUUCCACAUUACAAAACAAAGGAAGAUUGGAUAAAACAUUUUGGGAAAAAGUGGAACACUUUUCAACAAAGAAAAAAUCAGUUUGAUCCAAAGAUGAUUCUAUCACCUGGACAAAGAAUUUUUAAUUAGUUUUAAUUAGUUCUUCACCAAUAAUGUAGUAGGAUAAGCAUAGGUGUGGUGGGCAAUGUGCUUAAUUAGUUGUAUUGUGCUAUAAUGAUAUUAAAAUACAAUAAAAGUUUUUAUUGUUUUAGUUGAUUUCGUUUGUGGUACAUUAAUUGAAAGAUAAAGUAUAAUGAUGCAAUGUUUUCUAGUUAAUUAUGAUAUAUCAGUCUUUAGCAUCAAAAAGAAAAGAAAAGAUGAAUUAAAUAAAAAUCAAAAUUUCUUUCGUAAGCCACAUGGCUCAGUUCCUUCAUGAGAAGUAACUCCAACCUUCCUUAGCAUAUUCUCCUAAAUUGUCAAAUCUUCUUUAUGUGUACGACUAUAUUGGUUACCCUCCCUCCAAGUAUAUUCGACAUGACCUUGUUUGCUUCCAGCAAAU